AUGCCCCGCAAAGCGAAGAAGCAAACGCGGCUUGCUUUUGCGACAUCAGCCUCUUCUGGACCGUCAACGGAUAAUGGAAAGGAUCGCUACGCUCGUCUUUCAUACCAACAUCCUACGUUGGGGACUGUGCGACUCGAUAUGCCUCGUUCAAAACGCCGCUCACCUUCGCCAGCGCGAGAGAGCUCGCUAAGCUCAAGGUCUCCUCAAAGAAACCCGCCUCCAGGGAAAGACAAGCAAAAGAAGAAACACAAAGAAAAAGAGAAGAAUCGCAAGGGAUCAAGAUUGACGGGUUUGAGUGAGGAUGAGGAGGUCAAAGUGGGAGUCCAAUCGAGCGGAGCCAGAGAUCAGCCGGAAGAAGAGGACAAGCAACAGGAAGACUCUUCGGAAGACGAGAUUGUCGUUACUGGCUCUUCAAAGCGUGCGCGGUAUACGGCCAAUGUUGACUCCAUCGAAACCAAGUCCAUUGGACUUAAAAAGAUGAUAAGCUCGCCGACUCUCCCCUCCAGUUCAACUACGGACGCCAUCAGAAUUGAAUCCUCAGACGGAGAAGGAGAUGAGCAUGAGAUUGUCAAGCCCCGUCGCAGGCUGAAGCGCAAAGCUGACCGCUCCUCGGUCGUUCUAAGUGACUCGGACGAGUCUGACCCCGUGGUUUCCUCACCCGCGAAGAGACAACGUCGCAUUCCACGCGUACAGAGUCCCGAAACACCACACUCUUCAAAAAACCAGGACCAGCAAGAGAUCGAGGAUGAUGUAAGGGAUCUCGAGGACUCAGUCGUCAAACAGACCCGAACACGCGGCGGGGUUUAUGAAUCCGCGAGGCACAAGAAGCUCAAGCUUCUGGAAACCCUUCGUCGUCGGCGCGCUGGGCAAAAAGUAUCAGACGACGAGGAAUCAGAAUCCGAUGCUGGCGAUGAAGUCGAAGAUGAAGCGCCGCGAUCAAGUCCGACGAGGCAAUUCUUCGGCAGACAGCUCAACUACGACGAUGACAGUGACGUGGAAUCAGAGAUAGACGCAAAUGAGGAUCUAGAUCGGUACGACGAUGAUUUUGUGCUGGAAGAUAAUGAGCUUGGGGUCCCGACCGAAGAAAUUCCACUUGAGUUCACUCGGCAUGCAUACAAGCAGCCCAGGGAAUACUUCCGCGACGUGAUCGGCUGGAUGGUGCACAAUUGCAUCAAUCCUGCUUUCCCUCGUGACGAUGCCAUGUAUCGCAUUGCUUUUCAAAAGCUAGGUGAUGAAGUCAAAGGCCGCGCUGGAUCGUCGCUGAUCUCAUCAGCGUGGACACCCAAGUUUCGUCAAGUCCUCCUCGCCAGGCCUCAUCUUGAAAUUACCCGAUUCCCUACAUCUAUGAUGCAUUCAUGCGAUGCCUGCAACCGAUCUGGCCACCCUGCAUCUUCUGAUUUGAAGUUCUACGGCAAGGCUUACUCCGAAGAGACCCUGGAGCCACUCAGUGAUGACAGCAGCAGCGACGAUCUUUCCGAUUCCAACGACGAAGAGAGCAGAAACGAGUCUGACCUCGAGCGUGAUCGCGACGGGAAUAUCCUGCCCGACGAGAAUACGCGGUUUUACCUAGGGAAGACAUGCCGUGCAAACGCCUAUAUGGCCCAUCUUCUCACCCACUGGAAAUUCCAACUCAACGAAUGGGUAGUCGACUACCUUCGACGAAUGGGCCACAUGGAGGACUCUGAGAUUCUGCGCCGCGCAAAUAUAAGUCAGAAACGAAGCACGCGCCACGCGAUCGAAGUGUGCAAGAAGAUGGAAGAAGACGGAGAAAUUGAGAGGCUAUACCGUGACUUUCACAUUCAUCUGAAAACCGCACGCGAAAAGACUUCUACUAUGGAACUCUUACAAAAUAUGGAUUGA